GGGAUUUGGAACGCAUCCGCAGCUGUCAAAUCGGAUAUAUUUACGUCAGCCACGUUGGAACUGCCAAGUUGGUGUUUUUAUGUGAGAUAGUGUCGUGAAGAUGAGGAUAAAAGAGUUGAAGAGGACGGUGAACGUGUGCUGGUCGCCGGCGGAGCACUAUCCCAUAACGCUGGCGGCCGGCUCGGCGGCGCAGCAAGUCGACGCGUCGUUUAGUUCCAGUUCGCAUUUAGAACUGUACAGUUUGAAUUUGGAAGACCCUGGAGUAGAUUUGGAGUUGAAAUCUUCAUUACAAACUCAACAUAAAUUUCAAAAGCUGGUGUGGUCUGGAGCGGGAGUGAUUGUGGGUGGAUGUGACGGGGGACUGCUACAGUUCUACAGCGCUGACAAACUGCUCAACAAUGCCAGCGAUUGCCUGCUUGGCAGCAGCACUAAACAUAAUGGACAUGUGUCAGCGCUGGAUAUCAACCCGUACCAGAAGAACUUGCUCGCGUCAGGCGCGUCCGACAGCGAGAUUUACAUCUGGGACUUAAACAACACUAGCCAGCCGAUGGCGCCUGGUACCAGGAACCAGCCGUACGACCAUGUGCAGGGGCUCGCGUGGAACCAACAGGUACAACACAUACUGGGCUCCACAUUUGCGACGAGAUGCGUCGUGUGGGAUCUGAGGAAGAAUGAACCUAUUAUGAAAUUAAGUGACUCGCAGUCCCGCACGAGAUGGCGCGCGCUGGCGUGGCACCCGUCAGUCGCGACGCAGCUGUGCAUCGCCUCGGAGGACGAUCAAGUGCCCGUCAUACAACUAUGGGAUUUGAGGUUGGCAGCGUCACCAUUGGCCACGCUGGAAGGUCACAACAAAGGCGUGAUGGCUGUCUCGUGGUGUAGACAGGACCCUGACAUGCUGCUCUCUGGUGGGAAGGACGGCAGAGUGCUGUGCUGGAACCCUAAUAACACUAAACCGGGCGGUGAGAUCCUGUCGGAGAUCAGCGAGCAGCAGCAGUGGGUGUUCGAGGUGUCGUGGUGCCCGCGGGACCCGAACCUGCUGUCGGCGGCGUCGUUCGACCAGCACGUGGCCGUGCACUGCCUGCUCGGCGGCGCCAGGCCUGAUGUCAGUCCGGCGGCGACGAGCAGCAUAGUGGAGUCGUUCGGCGGCGCGGCGUCGUUCAGCCAGCUGCCCGCCGUGGCGCGCGCCCCCGCCCCCGCCGCCGCCCACCACCAGCCGCCCACGCCGCCCGCGUGGCUCAAACGACCCUCUGCCGCUAAGUUUGCAUUCGGCGGUAAAUUGUUGACAUUCGAGAAAUGUCCGCAAGAAGCCGGCCCACAGAAACUUGUCUACAUUAGCCAGGUAGUAAGCGAGCCAGAGAUCGUGGAGCAGGCGGCUGAAUUGGAUUCCGUGUUGGGUUCGAGUAUCAGUCAGGAAGCAGGCUCCACGGAGAAACUCGCAGAAUACUGCCGGCAGAAGGGAGACGCGGCGAUGGACCAAAACGAACGAUACGUGUGGUUCUUCCUGAGAGCCAAUUUCUUGCCAACAUUCCGUACUGAGGUGCUCAAUUUAUUGGGAUUCAAACAAGAUGAAAUCCCAUCGAAGUUCAAGAGUGCAGCAGUUAACGCCGGCGAUGGACAACAGCCAGACCUCGCAGCUCUUAGCAGGGGCGAGUCCACGGAGACGGAGGCCGAGCUGUCCACGGACACCAGCACGGACCUGUCGGACGCGCACACACUGAUCGAGAGGAAGCUAGCAAACAUCGAAAUCACGUCUUCAGCCAAUAACGUGGCGAUACCCAACGGGGAAGACAUGACGAGCCUGAUCUGUCGCGCGCUGGUGUGCGGCAACCUGGAGGAGGCGGUGGAGCUGUGCCUCGACGCGGGACGUGUCUCCGACGCCAUGAUUGUCGCCUCGCUCGGUAGCCAAGAUUUAGUAUACAAAGUCCAGAAGUACCACCUCAACGCCACCAGCGGUGACCCGGUGUCGCUGCUGGCGGGCAGUCUGCUGCAGUCGCGCUGGGACCAGCUCGUGCAGUCCGCCGCGCCGGCCUGCUGGAAGGACACGCUCGCCACCCUGCUCACGCACUGUGAUGCGGAGACACUGGAACAUUAUUGUGAGAUGUUGGGCGACAAGUUGUCGCAGGAGUCGGACCCUGCCCUCUCUGCGGCGGCGACGCUGUGCUACGUGUGUGGGGCCAGCCCCACGCGGGCGGCGAGAGGGGGGAUGGGGCGCGGACAACGAGCUGCGCUGGCACUGCUGCUGCGGAGAGCUGCCGCGCUCAGGGGACGCGCGCUGCAGUCGGAUGGCGGCGACCCGGCGGUGUGUGAAUACGCAAGUCGUCUCGCGGCGCAGGGCUGUCUGCACAGCGCGCUACUGGCGCUAGCAGACUUGCCCGCGCACCCGCUCCGGGACAGGCUCGAGGGCGCGCUCGCCAUGAAACAGACAACACGACAGGUGGCGGCGCCGGCGCAGCCCCGCGCGCGCUCCGUGAGCUCGCACUCGCGCGCGCCGCUGCACGAACACAACCCCUUCAGCACCACAGCAGCCCCAUUCGAACAGCCAGCGUGGCAGCAAGGUUCAGUUCCGGGCGUGCCGUACCAGCAGCGUCAAUACCAGCCGCACCAACAGCAACCGCAACCACCGCCAACACAGCCGUUACAGCCACUGCAACCGCAGCUACCGCAACCGCCACAACAGCCAGCGAGGCCGGCCAGCGUCGGGCCACAUGGUGGUCUGCCCAGCCGUUCUAAAUACAAAGUGGAUCCUUCAGUGGCAGCGGCGCCUAUGUACAACCAGUACAGCUAUAACAACCAAACACAGCCAUACGGCGGCUUCAACAGCCCCUUACCUGACCAGUACAGCAGCGCGAGUAUCCCGGGCGUUCCUAACACCUUCGCACCGAUCAACCCGGUCAACUCUAUGAACCUGAAUCCUCCGCAGUUAAAUCCAAUGAACCCAUUAAACCCUGCGCCGUUAAAUCCGAUGAAUCCGUUAAAUCCCGCCCCGUUAAAUCCGGCACCCAUGAAUCCAGCAGUGAACGGAGGGUAUUACGGGGCCCAGCAGGCGGUUGAACCCCCGCCGCACUCGAAGCCGGCCCCCGCUGGAUGGAACGACCCACCGAUGGUCACGUCUAAGCCUAAGCCUAAACAAGAAGCACCCACCUCUCAAGCGCCGAUCACUCACCCCCUGUUCGGCGUGGAGCCGCAACACGUACCACUCGCGCCUGCGCCCGCGCAGUACCCGGGACAGUACCCACCGCAACAGUACCCUGGGCAACAAUACCCCGGCCAGCACCCCGGCCAGCAGUACCAGGAGCAGCAGUAUCAACAGUACCCACCUGCGAUGCAGCCGGCGUACCAACAGCAU